GGUUUUAGUUUGAUAGAAAUCGUAAAGAAAUAAACAUCAAUUAGAAAAGCAUAAAGAAACACACAAUAAAAAGUACACAGUUGAGAGGUUGUCGCAGUUGGAUUUUCUGCUCUCCGCUGUAUUGUCGAUUGUUGCGUUUUGCUCCUCGCAGGAGGACGACUUCGAGCAAGCGACGAGAGAACAGACAAUCAUAACAAAUCGUAAAAUUUUAUAGUUAUUGUAAUUUACGAGGUGUUGACGAGAGGCGCCGGGUUUUAACGUCUAAUCGCCACCGGUCGUCAAACAGUUCGCAGUUCGUAGUUUGUUUAAUUGUUGUCUAGUGCUAGCCGACCACGUGGAGCAAGUGCCCACCAGCCGUACGUACGGAAGCACUUCAUUAUCUUAUCGAGAAGCGAAAAGCGUGUGCGAAACUGACCCACAAACUGGGAGAACAAGUGAAAGAAUUCAAAGUGCGAGCGGCGAGCUAGCAGCUCUUCCAGUCCAAUGCAAGCAAAGUGUUCCUGAAAGAAGCCAAAAGUUGUCUAAGUAAUCACCGUUUGUGCAGCAAAAAAUCAAUCGCUGAAGUUGGAGAAAAGAAAAAGUGUGCAAUUUAUAUUUAUUUAUUUGGGAAAAGUUUAUAAUUUCGUGCAACAGAAGCAAAGAAAAAUUGGGGAAAAGUGCAAGUGUAAGAAAUACUUAAAUUAAAAGAUCCAGUCUAAACAUUGAAAGUGGGAGAAAAAUCAUUCGGGUGCAAUAAAUCGUGAAAAGUGGAGGAUUGCAGCGGAUGAGCCAGCUACACAUCCAAGACGACAUCUCUAAUCGCUCCAGAACCUAAAGGAUUACCAUUGGAUUAAUAACUGUUUAAACUCACCAGCGAUUAAACUGAUAUCGGAGAAUAUCGUUUGUCAAACGCUCAAACAGAACGGACCGCACGGAGCCAUACCAACCUAAUAGUAGCAUCGAUGAGCGAUAGUUCCUCUUGCAAGCGGCUUGUUUCGAGUUAGUUUGUCAGUAUUUUGUAUUUUUGGAAAUUUGCUCCACAAUCACCACCACCAACAUCACCUACUACAAUACGUCCAAAUCAAAUCAAAGAAUCUCGGAUAAGUGUGUAAAUAAGUGCGGUUAUCUGCGCCCCUGCGACGUACGUGAGCAAUCUCCAUCAAAGUUUUCCGUUUUGCUUCAAGUGAAAAAAAAAAAUCCGUACGAUUUAAUAUUUUUGUUUUGAGUUGUUUUGUGCGCAAAAAAAAAGUAUUCUCAUCGUGUUCAUCGCCCAGCUGUAAAAGUUCAUCUUCACUACAAUCACGCAUGCCAAGCAUAACUUCGACCGAAAACAAAAAAAGUCAAUACACAAUAAGAAAAGCUUUUGUGAUAGUUUUAUAAAUGAAAAGUAAGCUUACCGUAAGAGAAUCGAGUGAAUAGAAAAGUAUUAAGUGAAAGUGUGCGUGCGUGCGUGUGUUUGCCGGAUCCAUCAUAUUUUUUUGUUGUGAGAGUUCAUGAGUCGAUCACAAAUUUCAUCGAGCCAAGACGAGACAGAUGAUUGAUUACUAACCUCCUCGAUAAUCUGGAGCUGUGAGUUGGGUUUUUUUUUGUUGGAACGACCUUGUUCGCUUUCCCGUUGAGGAGUCUCGUGUACCGAUUCGUUAAGCUUGCGCUGUAACCAAACCUGUCAAAAUGACGAUGAGUACAAAUAAUUGUGAAAGUAUGACGUCAUACUUUACAAAUUCCUACAUGAAUUCAGACAUGCACGGUCACUAUCCUGGCACGGGCGUGGACGGACUCGACACCAGCCAGCAGAUGUACCACCACAGUCAGGGUCACGCUGGCCAAGGAAAUAUGCCACCGUAUCCGCGCUUUCCGCCGUACGACCGGAUGGGCUAUUAUCAGCAAAAUAUGGAUCCUGCCGGAUAUGCGCGAGCCGAUAGUCCGUCGAGUCAGGUGGGUGGUGUGAUACCACAGCAAACGAACGGCAAUCCCCUGCAGCAAACGCAAGUCCCACCUCAGCAACAGCAGCAGCAGCAACAGCAGCCGAUAGUUUACGCAAGCUGUAAGUUGCAGGCCGCAGUCGGAAACGGUCCGAACGGGCUCGGAACGUACGGUGCUGAAAAUGGAUCCCCUCCGCUGGAACAGAUGGGUCACCAUAUGAACACUGCACAAAUGACAAUACCUCAGCACCACAUGGGCCAGGAUUGCUUUCCUCCCGACCAGGUGCACCAGAACCCCCAGCACAUGGGCAUGUACACCAACACCGGUGGCGGUCCCCCCGGAGUCGUCCCGCAGCAACCACCGAACAUGAUGCACCAGCAACCUCCGCAGCUUCACCAAGGACAGCAACCACCGCCAAAUAGUCAAAAUUCCAACUCUGGACUGCAGUCGCCUCUUUACCCGUGGAUGAGGAGUCAGUUUGAACGAAAACGUGGCCGCCAAACCUACACCCGGUACCAAACGCUGGAGCUCGAGAAGGAAUUUCACUUUAAUCGCUAUCUGACCAGGCGAAGGAGAAUCGAAAUCGCCCAUGCCCUGUGUCUGACAGAGCGGCAGAUCAAGAUCUGGUUCCAGAAUCGGCGAAUGAAAUGGAAAAAGGAAAACAAGACCAAGGGUGAACCGGGCUCCGGGGACGAAAACGAUAUGACACCGCCACAAUCGCCGGCGUAAACACUUGUGCUCACGACAAACUCCCCCCCAAAACUAGCAUAAUACUACUAUUAGCAAUUUUGUAAUGAUUUGCUCUUAUCAGAACAAAACAAAACGGUGCAGUCUAUGUUUCAGAAGGUUAGCAAAAAAAAACACAUUUUCAAAAUCAUUUCGCUUUACCAUUUGAUUGCAAGUGAUGGAAAAACGAGCACCGCUAUUUUACGACAUCAAGCAAGGACGACGAUCAAAAUUCAAUCUUUGUAGGAAAACAACAACAACAAAAAAGCAGAAUCUAUCAUAUAUAAAAGAAAAAAAAUCCACGAACACUAAUUUAUUAUGAACGAAAUAUGAUGAAAGAAAGCAAAACAACUCAUGUGACCUCAAAACUAAUGUUAAUUUAGAA